UACUUUAUCUUCGUCAUGGUGGUUGGGAUCUGGGUAAGACCUGGAACCAAUCGCAGCACUGUGAGGGGCUACUUCCUGGCUGGCCGUUCAAUGACCUGGUGGCCUAUCGGAGCUUCUCUGAUGUCCAGUAAUGUUGGCAGUGGUUUGUUCAUUGGCCUCGCAGGAACAGGAGCAGCAGGAGGAAUCGCCGUCGGGGGAUUUGAAUGGAACGCUGCUUGGGUCCUGGUGGCUCUGGGCUGGAUCUUUAUCCCGGUCUACAUCUCUGCUGGUGUGGUGACCAUGCCUGAGUACCUGGCCAAGCGCUUUGGAGGCCAGAGGAUACGCAUAUACAUGUCUGUUCUGUCACUCAUCCUCUACAUCUUCACCAAAAUAUCUACAGAUAUAUUUUCGGGGGCCAUGUUUAUCCAGGUGUCGUUGGGCUGGGAUCUCUAUCUGUCCACAGGCGUACUGCUGCUGGUCACUGCUGCUUACACUGUGGCAGGUGGUUUGGCAGCAGUGAUCUACACUGAUGCUUUCCAGACUUUGAUCAUGGUUGGUGGAGCCUUUACUCUCAUGUUCAUAGCAUUCUCCAAAGUGGGCUGGUAUGAGGGCCUUGUGGACAGUUACAUGUCAGCGGUUCCCUCGGUGACAGUCGCCAACACCACCUGCCACCUACCUCGCAGUGACGCCUUCCGCUUGUUCAGGGACCCCGUGUCGGGGGACCUGCCCUGGCCAGGUCUGGUGUUUGGGCUCACUGUACUGGCUACAUGGGUCUGGUGCACGGAUCAGGUUAUCGUCCAGAGGUCUCUGUCAGCCAAGUCUUUGUCUCAUGCCAAAGGCGGCAGUGUGUUGGGAGGCUACCUCAAACUGCUGCCCAUGUUCUUCAUUGUCCUGCCGGGCAUGAUCAGCCGAUCACUGUUCCCAGAUGAGGUAGGUUGUGUUGAUCCUGCAGUGUGUCAGAGUGUGUGUGGAGCUUCAGUUGGCUGCUCCAACAUCGCCUACCCUAAACUAGUGGUGGAGCUAAUGCCUGUGGGUCUGCGUGGGCUGAUGCUAGCAGUGAUGCUAGCUGCUCUGAUGUCAUCUCUGACCUCCAUCUUUAACAGCAGCUCCACUCUGUUCACACUGGACCUCUACCACCGAGCCAGGCCGAGGGCCUCGGAGAGGGAGCUCAUGAUAGUAGGAAGGGUGUUCAUCCUGGUUUUGGUGUGUGUUAGUCUGUUGUGGAUUCCAGUCAUCCAAACAGCCAACAGUGGAAGGCUGUUUGAUUACAUCCAAUCAGUGACCAGCUUUCUAGCUCCGCCCAUCACUGCUGUAUUCCUAAUGGCUAUCUUCUGGCCACGUGCCAACGAGCAGGGUGCAUUCUGGGGUCUGAUGACUGGACUGGUGGUGGGACUGAUCCGCAUGGUUCUGGAGUUCUCCUAUGAAACCCCCUCCUGUGGUCAGCCCGACGGUCGGCCUGCCGUCCUGGCUGAUGUCCACUACCUGUACUUUGCUCUCAUCCUAUUGGCUCUCACCAGCCUCAUCAUUGCUGCAGUCAGCUUGGCCACAGCCCCAAUACCUAAAGAACAUCUGUACAGGCUGACCUGGUGGUCCAGACACAGCCGGGAGCCUCGGAUCGACCUCACGGGUCCCACGAUGACCUCGGACCCGGUGAGCUCUGACCCCAGCCCGGACGCUGAGCGCUCGCCACAGUCCUGCUGGGUGAGAGGAGCCCUGAGGCUCUGCGGUCUGACUGGUCCCAGCUCAGCCUCGGUGUCUCCAGCGGUUGAAAACAGCGAGCUGGACUCCCUGCAGGAGGAGCCGCUCUGGAGGAGAGUGUGCGAUGUGAACGCCCUGCUACUGCUGGCUGUUAACGUGUUUCUCUGGGGAUAUUUUGCCUAA